AUGGACAGUCCUCCGGUGGUUUUUGGUUUUGGCUUCCUUUGCGUUGUCAGAAAGCACUGGUUGGUGCGGCUAUCGAAUACUCUACACUGCUGCUGCCGCCCUGAACCCGAAAGAGGCGUCAGUAGCAUGGCAAGGAUUGAUAAAGCAGCUUCCAAGCAUCCGCAGGAAAUCUCGCCGUCAGCGGGCCGCGAAUCUGCCCGAUGCCCCUAA